AUGGCAAAGCUCGACACGAAAAACGAUCUGAACCGCGUUGGUUUGUUCUCAGAGCUUGGAUACAUUUCGAUUGGCGACCCUUACAAGCGGCAAAGCACAAGUAAGUAGACGAUUUUCCCCAUUUUAAUCUGCGUCAUUUCCAUUCUAAGUGUAAUAAAGGACGUGAGUUCUGCUUUUUAGCUUUUGUAAAGCCGGACAUGGAAGAAAUGAUGGUCUUCGUUCUUGUUUUUACAUGUUUGUUUGCAUUGUCCACAACAUACUGUUCCGCUUUGGUGGACACUAUACAUUUAGCAAUUUAGGUAGAAAACCUUUUAAUAGGAAAAAAAAGAAAAAAUUUUAACAGCUCUCACAUCCUUGCACUAGUGGUCAAUGAAUCCCCGGUCGUUUUAUUUUCGUUUAUGUUUGACAAUCUCUGAAGAGACCAUGCGGUAAGUUAUAGAUGCCUUGGACAUAUAGCUCAAAUAUAACACAAAAUCAAGAGCCAUAGGAAAAAACUCAGUCUGUACUUAAGACAUUACAGACCUCAAACCUGUAUCUGUAAAUAGCAAAAUUUGAUUGUAAUUAUGUUCAUUGGAGUGCUGAGCCGUGUAUUUGGCAGAAAAAAAAUUCUUUGAAUAAUAUUAUGCUAAUGCUCUUUGUACAAAAUUCCCACAGAUUUCAAUGUGGCAGCUCACAAAGGAAAACAGAUGCUCCCUGGGGGAAGUAAAACAAGAUCAGCACUUCAAGCAGGAUACUUUGAUCAAAAAUUCAAUAGAAUAAUGGAAGGUGAAGCAUUCUCUGAUCCAGUAAAGCGAAGACGACAACAAAAACUCAAAAGCUCAAAGCUUAACUUAGGAAAGGCUUUUGUUCCAAGCAAUGGAGAGAAACUACCGUAAGUUUUGUGUUGUCAGUGUAUUACAUCCAUGAGACAUCAAGUUUUGUUUUACUCUAUUUCAAACCAAAAGGGCGUGAAAACCAUUACAAGGGAUUUUGCCUUUCCCCUACUCACCCCCUCCCCCCAUCAUGCAAGCUGUUUCCCAGAAUCCCCUUUAGCUAGCAUGCCUCGAUCACAAGUUACUUUUGUUGAUUGGUUGGUCGAUUGAUUGCAAAAAUCAAUCUUUGAUUAUACAAAGUACAUAUUUCUGUUGAUCAAUAAUGCAAGAUCUACCUUAGAAUGAAUAAUGAAUUACCACUAUAAAUUUUCAUUUAUAUAGUACUGUAGUAAUUUAAAAGCUGGUAAAUAUGACAGAAUGGAAGGGAUGGGCAAGUGUGCCUGGGAAUACUGACAGAAUCUUCAAAAUGGAACCUUGAUCAAACCUCAAAGCUUCCAUAAAUACAGGGCUAGCCACAAAAGUCUUGAUAUCGUAUAAUUUUUUAAAUUUGUCUCCAAGCUUCAAAACCUUUUUGCCAUCAGGACUCAGAUUGUAAAACAAGGAUUCAGUGUGACCUGGUUUAUGGCUUGUAGCUUGUAGAGGGGACAGGGGGUCUAAGCCUUUCACUUGCAUUCCCAGCCCUCGCCCUUUUUCUGUGGCUUCGCCCUUUCAAUCCUUUUUCGAUAUUUGCAAAAUGUUAAGAGCGAAUGCACAGAAAAAUCGAGCAAACCGUGGCCACAGCUCAAAACCUAACCUACCCUCAUUUUAAGUCUGUAAGAAGGUUUUAAUGAAUUUAUAACACUGCUGAGGUUUAAUUUUCAAAAUGCGGCCGAGUUUGGGAAUUAUUUGAGAUUUUCGAUUUCAACGGUCUGCGGGCCUAAAAUUAACCGCCGAACAAGGCAAUAUAGCCUAGCGACAGAAAUGAGCUGAAUUUCAUAAACGAGCGAAUAUAUUGCCAAUUUUCCACUUAAAUCUCAAAAAGCAGAUAUCUAACAAUUUCUGAAUGGCUUCUUUUAUAGAUUUAGAGUAUAAAAUAUCGACGAACCAGCAGAAUUUUGAAACGUAAUUGCAUAAUGCUUAUAAAUACAACAAUUUACCGCUAAAACCAAAAUCGAAUUUUCUAUAUGGGGAAUUCUCCAAAUCACCCCAAAUCCCGCUUACUAACUAAUGAGAUAUAGUACUUCAACAUUAUCUGAAAGUUAGUCUGGUGUUCUUGCGAACGCCAGAAAUAGAUUGAUUAUUUUGAAGUUAUUUUGCCCCAAACAACUGCUAAUUAUUGACCCCAGGGUCAAUUGACAAUCAGUCAAUCGAUUUGAGCUCGUUAAAAGGGAGAAACUAACAAGAUUCUUUUAAUAUGUACCUGUUUUAAUGAAAUACACGCAAUCUUCAAAAGGAGAGGCCGUUCAAUGGGUAAUUUCUGUUCUUGAGAUCUUGUAGAUUGUACCAUGGCGCUCUGUAGUGGACCUGAGUCUAGGUCUGUUUUCCGUGACUGCGAAAUCAGAAUAACAUCAUGAAAUAAUUCUCUCUCGAACCUUCGUAAAUGAAUCAGCUUUGCAGUGCCUUACCUGAGAUAAAAAGUGGGCAGAAUAGGAAAACAUUCUAGCGCAAUUUGGAUCCUUUGCAGCACGUAGUGUAUUUGCUAAGCGGCGAUGGUAUUAAUGACUUUUUUAAAAGUCAGGUUAGUAACCAAUUAAAAUUAGUACUCACCUCCGAUUGCGUGACCAGGCAAUUACAGAUUGUCUCCAGCGAAAAAUAAGUGCAUGUGAAACCAAAGCUUUCGGGAUACAGUAAAUUCAUUUUCCUGUAUGACCAGGUGUCCUUUUUGUCCUAUUUUAAAAGCGGUUAACUAAGAUGAUUAGCAAACAUACUGUCCCACUUUUUAAAAAUGGUACAGUAACUGAAUGUUCUGUUCUUCUGAUUUUACCCCUAACCCCGGAGUGUUCAGAAGAUAUAUUUGCACCACGCAUGAAAGGCAAAUGGAUUAAAUUUUAAGGUUCAAAGGCGGUUUUAAGGCAUGGGUUACCAGUGGAUUAGUCAGACUUGUCAUAAGGUGCAUUGAACAGAAAAUUACAGGCAUGAUAUCUCUGCUAUUGUAUGUCCAUUAAGUGAUUUUCCAUCAAACAUUAUUUUUUUACUUUUUACCCCAAAGUUUUUUUUUUUUCGUUCAAUUCUUAUCUAUGAGAUGUAAACUUAGUUAAAUUUCUGUAAUUUGUUGUUAAAUGCAAAUCUGCAAAUAACUAAGUAUUUAAUUUUGCGUAAAAGGUACAUGAAAUUGUACUGUUUAGUCAGUAAAUCAUUAAAAAGAGAAAGCAUCAUGCUUUCUCUUUUCAAAUCUAGUAGGACUUAAGCAAUGGCAUUGCUUAAGUCCUAGUAGUUCUUCUCCAUUUCUGCUAAGGGGAAAUAGUUUGCUCUUUUCAAGAAAUUGUUCUUGCCCAUUGCGGUUUCAAACCAAGGAUAGCAGCAAGUCUGUCGUGGUCAUAUACUGCUACUUCAGUGCAAGCGAAGCAUAGGCGCACAAGUCAGCGCUUGCGUUUAGUCAGGUGCCGAAAAUGAAGUGGAAACUUAACCCUAAGGGCGUCCAUGUUCGCUCCGGCUCGAAAAGGUAGAGUCAGUUGUGCAGUAAAAAGUAAUGCGAAAAACCUGCGGGGGGCUGGGGGAAAGAAAGGCGUCUUAUUUUUCUUUGGCUUGUUCUAUUUUCGCGACGUGCUACAGGUUACGAAAUACUGACAAGCUCAAUAUAUGUCUUCACCACCGAGAGUCACUUGCCCUUAGCCAGACACGCCCCUCACGUAUCAUGUUUCGUUCCUAAAGUUAUUUCAAAACACAGAACCAAACCUAAUCAGCGGCCGAAGGCAGAAAAGGGGAUGAGCAAACGGAUGUCACAGCAUAUUUUGCAAGAAACCGGUAUCCUUGUGCCUAUCGGCUCAGGAACGAUUGAUUACUACUAGAAUAAAUACCAGGGUCAGAAUUUGAGUGCUACAAUGGGAGGGAAGGAAGAAAAGAAAAACCGCGCGCCCUGUAAAGUCUUUUAUAAACUUUCUCGUCCUGACGGUCUCAAAGAAGGGCGUUGUGGCUGCUAUUUAAUUUACAGUGUCUGUUGCAGGAGUCGAAUUAAUCCUACAGCAACUGGAAACGUGGCCACGCCUGCUCAAACUGAGAUUGCUUGUAGGAUAUUCGGCUAUAGUUUGGUAUAUUCACGAGCGCGUUUUGUCCAGUGAACUGAGCGCGUAGUUUUUCUUAACGAAGGGAUGGGGUGGGUCAAGUGAAUAUUUCGGGGAACGUUUGCUCUCUUUAGUGAGGGGGGGGGGGGGUAUAUUUGUUGAUAUCAGGAGUUCUGGCCUGGAUAGAGUCGUUGUAAAGCUAUUUUUGCUUCGGGGUAUCGGUUUCCCGGAAGAUGAGCAAGGAAAAUUCAAUGGUGCAUUUAUGGAAUAAUAAUAGAGAUUCUCAUGGUCUAACAGUGCGAAGAUUAGACUUCUCGUAAGGUGGCAACGAUCAAGGGCCGCAUUAUAAUUCAUGAUAAUUGAAGGUCAUGAUGUGGAAAAAGCGACUGAAAUGGUGGAUGCCAUGCAAUCCUCUCGGGUGGGGGCGGGGCACCUGGCCUUAACGGUUGCCCCUUCGACAGAAGGCAAGCAUGCCCAGAUUGUCCACGGGUUGCUAAAUGAGACCGUCCCUUUCUUAGUACCCGUUCCCUGUCUUAUUAUUAGACCCGGGCAAAUUUCUCGAGAUUGCACCAUCAUUUUGGGCUUUUAAGCUUCCAAAGUCCAACAAUAAUAGCGCAUGUUCGCGACGGUUUUUUAAGUCAGUCAAGUUCUUAAACCAGGCCUUAAACGGCCAGUUUUAAGUGUCGAUAACAGUUAAAAAGGCAUACAAGCCCCAUGCAAAAGACAGUGGGAAGGAAGUACACAUCGGUGAUGGGGAAAAAGGACUAGCCCACAGUUAUUUAGGGGUGGAUCUUUCGAAACAUUCUUAUACUCUUGGACAGAUAUGCAUUGUUUAAAGUUUUAGACAAAACAGGUGUAAAUUUAUAGUAACAAACUGUUAAAUAUACAUCAGCAAGAUUUUUGCGAAUCCUAUUUUUCGCUGGAGACUAUCGUGUACUGGCUGGUCACGCAAUCAAAGGUAACGUACUUUCCCACGUUUGUUUACUGACCUUUACAAUACACUGCGUUCGACAAAGGAUCCAAAUUACGCUGGAAAUGUUUUGCUAUUCGGCCCACUUUUUAUCUUAGGUAAGGCAUUGCAAAGCUGAUUCACUUACGAAGAUUCGAGGGAGAAUUAUUUCUUGAUGUUAUUCUGAUUUCGCAGUCACGGGAAAACAGACCUAGACUCAGGUCCACUCGCAGACGCCAUGCUGCAAUCUUCAAGAUCUCAAACGGCCUCUCCUUUGAGGAUUGCGUGUAUUUCAUUAAAACAGGUACAUAUUAAAAGAAUCUUGUUAGUUUCUCCCUUUUAACGAGCUCAAAUCGAUGCAUAAAACUAAGGUGACGUGCACGUGUCAACUGACCCUGGGGUCAAUUAGCAGUUGUUUGGGGCAAAAUAACUUCAAAAUAAUCAAUCUAUUUUACAAGCGUUCGCAAGAACACCAGACUAACUUUCAGAUAAUGUUGAAGUACUAUAUCUCAUUAGUUAGUAAGCGGGAUUUGGGGUGAUUUGGAGAAUUCCCCCAUAUAGAAAAUUCGAUUUUGGUUUUAGCGGUAAAUUGUUGUAUUUAUAAGCAUUAUGCGAAUUACGUUUCAAAAUUCUGCUGGUUCGUCGAUAUUUUAUACUCUAAAUCUAAAAAAUAAGCCAUUCAGAAAUUGUUAGAUAUCUGCUUUUUGAGAUUUAAGUGGAAGAUUGGCAAUAUAUUCGCUCGUUUAUGAAAGUCAGCUCAUUUCUGUCGCUAGGCUAUAUUGCCUUGUUCGGCGGCUAAUUUUAGGCCCGCAGAUCGUUGAAAUCGAAAAUCUCAAAUAAUUCCCAAACUUGGCCGCAUUUUGAAAUUUAAACCUCAGCAGUGUUAUAAACUCAUUAAAACCUUAUUACAGACUGAAAAUGAGAGUAAGUUAGGUUUUGAGCUGUGGCCACGAUUUGCCGAUUUUGCUCGAUUUUUCUGUGCAUUCGCUCUUAAGCAUUGUUGUGUAACUUCCCCUUUUUCACCUGCUUCCAACCCUUUUAGGACUCUCACCUCCUGCCUUAUCCUCUCCCAUCUCCUGUACCCCUGCCAAGCCCAUCCUGUUGGGCCUUCACAGUCCCAGGGGCCCCACUCACAUAUUUUAAUGAUGGGGGGGCCGACAGAGGUUCAUAUUUUAUGCCCCAAAAAAUCCCAACUUCAGAAUUUGUCUACCCAAAAAAAUCCCUACUUUUUUUAGCAUACCUAAAAAAAUCCCUCAGUGUUUUUGCAUCAGCAAAUUAAUCUUCUGGAAAGUUAAAACAUGCCAACUUCAACCCUGGUUUUGCUCAAAAACAAAACUAUAAAUUGCGCUCAUGUUAUUUUUGAUUUGAGCUGAUGAAAAAUACAAUACCCAAAAAAUCUCUCUGUUGUUUUCACGACCCAAAAAAAUCCCUUUUGGCCAAAAUGUCACACCCAAAAAAAUUCUUCGGACCCCCCCCGUCAUUAAAAUAUUUGAGUGUGGCCCCUGGGUUCACAGUAUUCUCCCUAAAUUUUAGCUCAGCCAGUAAGGGACCAUUCAUAGCUGGUAAGGCAGAAAAUAUGCACCAGAGGUGCACUUUCCUGGGGGCAGGGGGGUAGUGGAGUGCGGGACAUGGCCCCGCCCUUAAUGUUGGAAGAUUUAGGAGCUUGAGUCUCUAAAACGUCGUUCCCUCAUUUUAAGACCUAUUUUACGCUAAUCCGCCAUCCAUAUGUUAAUUCAUUUCCUUGUGGCAUGUGAGAAUCGGAUCGGAUCGGAUCACAACUUGUGCAUUUCUUGAAAGUACUUCUUUAAUUUAGGAAAACAUCAGGCCAUUGCAGGCGGUAACAAGUGUUGCUUCAGAUGGGAAAAAUUACUGGUUACCGCCUGAUGAGAAGAACACUGCUUCCAACCCCAAGGGGGGACAUUAAUUAGACAGGAGGCAUUUAAAGGAGUCUCUUAAUCAAACUUCACAUUGUAGAGGGGUGUUUAUUAGAUAAGAAGCAUUUAUUUGAGACUUGGCGUCGUUAACAUUAUUUAUGGUACAUGUAUUUCUUGGUUGACAAUUAUUGACUGUCUAUAGUUCAGGGGCUGGAAAUCAUUAUGGAACAUUCAGUGGACCCAUCAAUGCCUUCAGUCCGGUUUCAAAAGGGAAGAAAGCAGCAGAUUCACCAGGAAAGAACUUCCUAACAAAUCCACCAAAGAAAGGAACCGGUUAUGGCUAUCUUCAUGUCACCAUUGGUGCCCCUCCAAAAUACAUGUCAGAUGCUUAUGAACGUGCCAGAGAAUUAAGAAAGGUGAUUGGAUGAUAUAUACAUGAAGACACUUCAAAAAUAAAAUAGAGUUAUCAAUUAAAUUAAAUAAUAUAUAACCAACAAUACAUUAGUGUCAAAACUCAUGCUCUGUACUGGCAAUUAGUUGCAUUGCCAACUUUCAACCUUGAUUUGUGUUUUAAAAAGAAAAACUGAAAAAAAACAUACUGGAGUUUGCUGAAUCUUCAUGGUUCAUGAACUGUGAGCUUAAAUUUUGCAUUGUAAGGUUUUCCACUGUAGCGUUUAUUACACAUAUUCUUUCAUAAUGACUUUGGUCACACUUUAUAGAGUCUAAUUUUGAUUUAGGCUAAAAUUUUCUUAUUACCCACAAAUGGUUGGCAUUAUUUCAGCCGGAAUUGAGCAAAGUCUUGUCAAAUUUGUCACAACAGCAUCUUGCACCACAAUGAUGUGUUAGCUGAUAGUUUUGUAACUAAAAGUGAAAAAGUGAACUUUGGUACAGAGAGAAAAUGUGGGUCAUAGAAAUUAAAGGUUGGGGUACUUCAAUUUUGUAGUAACUGUCCCAGGUUUGUGACUUGCUGAAUUCUAAAAACUGUUCAUAAUAAAUAAAUAUGGUUAACUGUUUUGUUUACAGAAAGAAAUGGAAGCAAGUUUUAAAGCAAGAAAAGGAGGACCAUAUAAGCUUAAUCUCCACCCAAAAGCCUUUUUUGAUGGAAAUCCAUACAAAAGUGACAGAUGUAAGUACUUUUCUUUGCCAUGACUUUCAUUGAAGGUGCUGUCUGCAGUGGGAGGGGUGUACGCCUUACACAAAGUCAUGUAAUGGAGAGUAGGGAUUUCACAAAUUUAUUGAGGUAUAGGAAAAAGAAAAGUUUAGAGUGAUUGACCAAAAAAUGUUUAACACCAUCUUUAAAAGUUUCUCAAAGAGACUUUCCCAAUGGCUGAUCCACAGUUGAUAUUAUUUUUACAUUUUUUAAGUGGUUACAGUUGUAUGUAAAAGACAAGUGAGUAAAAGGUUUAAUUUCUUUGUUAUCAACCAAAAUGCUGCUACAGAGUGUUUCUUGCAUAAUACAGAUUUUUAAUGAUCUAAUUUUUCUUGCGUCUUUUUAGCACUUCCACCACUGAAAGAAACAAGAAAACCACCAGAGGGCCUUAAACCUUUUAAACCUAGUUCUCCACCCAAAGAGGUUAGCAUUGUGUAAAUAAUAAUAAUAAUAAUAAUAAUAAUAAUAAUAAUAAUAAUAAUAAUAAUAACAUCAUUGAGUAUUACUUUUCAUAUCUCCUGCAAAUGAUCAAUGUCCCACUUUAUCUCUUUUUUUUUCCAAGAUCUAGUUUAACCCUUUCACUCCGCCAAAAACUUCCCACAUUUGAUUUUGCCCUAUGUGAAAACACAAAAAUUGUACAAAGAAAGAACUGACAAGGAGGUUUCAUUUGAAUGGUGACACCAUGAUAGUGUUUUUUCCAUAAGCUAAAACGUUAGAAGUACUGUAUUACAGCAUAUACUAAAUUAUUAAAUAGGACCAUGUGAAAAUACUGUGGAAGAGGUUUCACUUGAAUGGUCACACCAUAGGAUUUCAUCCACAGACUCAAAAGUUAGAACUACACACCAAAUAAAUAGUACCAUGUGAAAAUACUGCUGAAGAGGUUUCAUUUGAAUGGUAACACCAUAGGAUUUCAUCCACAGACUCAAAAGUUAGAACUACAUACUAAAUAAAUAGUACCAUGUGAAAAUACUGCUAAAAAGGUUUGAUUUGAAUGGUCACACCAUAGGAUUUGAUCCACAGACUCUAAAGUAAGAACUACUUCACAGGACUCUGUCAUUCACUCUGGGUGAAAGGUUAAAAUUACUAUGUAUUGCUUUUUCAGAUUGGUGGCAUGAAGGCUGGAUGCUUUGACAGUUAUCCAUCACACUCCGAAGAUCCUUACAUGGUAAAAAAGAAGAACACAGGUGACGCAGAAAAAAGAAUCUUCAGACCCUCACAGGGUCCCAAAUCAACACCAAUGCGAUCAGUUAUCAAUCAAAAUGUACACAGACGAAUCAACAACUUAAAUUUCAGGCAGCCUGUUACUGUAUCAAUUUGAUGAGUUAAAGAUUUCUGUUAACUUAAUCAUAGAUUAAUGUGAGUUAAACCACUUAUAAAUAAACAGUUGUACAUGAUGCAAACUUCUCAGUGUUUAGAAGUCAUAAGUAAACAACAUAUAAAGUUCUUUUUACAAAUGAUUUAUUGUAGUUUUGCUGUCAUCCUACAAAUUUGUCCUACAUGUAUUUACACAUUGC